AUGGCACCGUCUCGCGUAUUGCAUUAUAGUUUAUUUGUAAGCGCUCAAUGUGAAAAAAGGGAGUUCCAUUUGGAUAUGACGGCUUCCUCGGAAAACGUCAAAUUCCUGCAACUUCGGAGCGGCGAGCGUGUCAAUAUAAAUUCAUUCUGUAAUGUCGUUCACACUGAUGAUGGCAAGCUGCCGACAGAUCAGAAAUCUGGUAGCAUGUUCGACUCUUAUAGAGAGCAUUUCAAAACUGCCGAGAUAUCCGUCCCUACCGUUGAUUAUAAAGUGGUGGACUCUUUGCUAACUACUAAUGAUGAUAAGAAACGUCCCGAGGAGUUUGUCAAGUUUGUCGAGAAAACGAAGUCUGAUUAUGAUCGGAUGAUAGAGUACGAUUGUGACGAAGAGGACUAUCUCUGGAUAAAAAACGUGAACAAAUCACGGAAGAAGAACAAGGAAAAGUUGAUAACGCCGGAGCUAUUAGAGAAAGUUAUGGAUAAACUGGAGAAAGAGAGCUGUUUUGAAGUGUCGCCGAAACAGAGAGGAGUAUAUGUGGUUAGUUAUGUUUCUUCCGUAAAAUGUUGUUAUCUCCAGGUGAAAGGGUCUCCUUCAAUGGUUCCCGGUUCUUCUAUGGAUGGUGACGAUGUAUGUUGUGUCUGUGGUGAUGGAGAUGUAAAUAAUGUAAACCAAAUAAUCUAUUGCGACAUGUGCAACAUAGCAGUUCACCAGGAUUGUUACGGAGUGCCAUAUAUUCCCGAAGGCCAAUGGCUGUGUCGCCGAUGUAAGCUGUCACCAUCUACGCAAGUGGAAUGUUGUUUAUGCCCGAACACGAGUGGUGCCUUCAAACAAACAAGCGAUGGACGUUGGGCACAUGUCAUCUGCGCUAUUUGGCUUAAUGAGGUAUUAGCAUCUCUUCUGUUUACAUUUUGUUUAUUGCUUGCUCAUUUCUUGUUUUUAUGUUCGACAAAUGCGAAUGACUUGUGUUUUUGUGCAUUACACUGUCCACCCAAAGUGAGGGUGGUAAGAUAUUGUUAGGG